CGGGCUUGGGAACAAAAGCAGUGGACAAGCCUGUACUACUUUUAUAUAUAUACUCAUGGACUUCCUGAUUCCAUUUUUAUAGAUUGUUCUGCUUUUGCCUUCGAAUGGGGAUAAAAUAACCUGUCCAGCUGCCCUGACACAAGUUCACUUAGCAUCAUUAUCAUCUGUGACUUUAAUAAAAGGGUUUGACUAGAAGUCUGAGAAGUAAAAUCCCUCUAUCUGUGAAAUCACACUUCAGACAAGCCCAGGGACUGUACUGUCUUCUGCUUUGUUUUAGAAGCAAGCAGAGAGAAAACUCACUCCUCAAAUAAUCACUGUGCGGGCGGCGUGUCAGUUAAAGAAAAUUCAAAGGUCUUGGUCUGCUACUGAGAAAUUUCAUUUUGGAAUCGAGGUGAUUCCACACCACUUCCCAAGUUGCUGAAUUAACACAUACAAACUGCUUCUACUCCUUGGGUAGGACAUAGAGCCCCGAAGGUAGGCUUCAGAAAGGGAGAAGAGAAAAAAUAGUGACGGCCAAAGAGUUCAGCUAAUCGGUUGUAAGCUUCUCAAGGGCAGGGAUGCUACCACUUGCGUGGCUAGACCUUAGCUGAUACUGGUUGAGCGGAUAAGAUGGGCUGGAGGUGAGGAAUUGAUCGUUAAGGUUUUAUAUAAAAAUCACCCAGCAGGAUGCAUUAAGUCUUGUGGGGUGGUUGUCUGAGGCUGGUGAGGAUUCCGAACUGAGAGGGGAUCCUGGCUGCCAGUGCUCGCCCCUCCCUCACAUCUUUGCAAUAAUAAUACUUGAAAGAAAUCCCCAGCAGAUUCUCAGUGGAAGGCCGGGGGCCCCUUGGCUUGCACCAUCAGUUUUGUUUAGACAGGAAUGUUCAGGGAUGGCAUGUGUGCCUGAAAUAGAAGUCGCUACUUUGUGUUCCUUGUUGGAAAGCCGGGUAUCCCAGCAGCCCACAGAAAUACAUUGUGGAGAGAGCUGAGCCAUUGACCAAAGGAAGGCCCCAAACUGUGUGGUGGUUGGUUUGUUGCGCCGAAUGGCCUUAAAUGGUCAUCACAGUCAAUGAAGCCCAGACAUUUUUAAAAAUAGAUUAGGGAUUUACAGGAUGCUACAGUGCGUAUCUACAUGGGAAUCUUUCAAGCCUGAAAGUGCAUACUUUUUUUUUUUUUUUUUUGCCAGCGGUUCAUACAUUCUCUCCUAGGUGUGGUCAGUUUUCCAAGGAGUAGAGGAGGCCGAGGAGAAUGAAGAUGCUAGUGUUUCCACACAGAGCUAGCUAGACGUUGGAGGAAGGGUAGUGAACAAGACAGAUGUGGUCCCUGCCCUCGGGGUAACGAAGAAGCUACUAACUGCGGUGAGAAGGAGGUUGUAUUCCGGAGGAGGGGGAGCCAGCACACGACUACCUGUUCAUGCUCUCUGCAUCCUGUUUCACUGGGUGCUGUGUGGGUUGAGUGGAACACCUGUGCUGUGCCAGGCCCUGUGCUGAAUCUUAGGUAGAGGCUAGCGAACAAGGCACAGAGACGCUCUCCGCCUCCGUAGGGAACUGCUCGGAAGAUCCUGGAUAUGUACAGCAAACUGCUUGUCUGUUAGGUGUAAGCGCUCGUGGGGUCUUUUUUUUCUGGAUCCCAAGUUUCGUAGCCUUACCAAGUCGUGUAAUCUUUUUCCUUUAUCAGAGGUUGUCGGCGUCCUGUCCACUCUCCCCAUCAGGGUGUUCGUGAGGUCCCUCCUGGGUGUACAGCUCUUUCCAUUUAGAGCAACUGACUCUGACUGGAGAUUCAAACAAACCGGAUUUCGUAAAGCUUGGCGGCAGUAAGCACACAAUGAAUGAUCACUUACACGUCGGCAGCCACAGCCACGGACAGAUCCAGGUUCAGCAGCUGUUUGAGGAUAAUAGUAACAAGCGGACAGUGCUCACGACACAACCAAAUGGGCUUACAACAGUGGGUAAAGCGGGAUUGCCGGUGGUGCCCGAGCGGCAGCUGGAGAGCAUCCACAGACGGCAGGGGAGCUCCACGUCUCUGAAGUCUAUGGAAGGCAUGGGGAAGGUGAAAGCCACCCCCAUGACACCCGAACAAGCAAUGAAGCAAUACAUGCAAAAACUAACCACCUUUGAACACCACGAGAUUUUCAGCUACCCUGAAAUAUAUUUCUUGGGUCCAAAUGCAAAGAAGCGCCAGGGCAUGACAGGUGGGCCCAACAACGGGGGCUACGACGAUGACCAGGGAUCCUACGUGCAGGUGCCCCACGAUCACGUGGCUUACAGGUACGAGGUCCUCAAGGUCAUUGGGAAGGGCAGCUUUGGGCAGGUGGUCAAGGCCUACGACCACAAAGUCCACCAGCACGUGGCCCUGAAGAUGGUGCGGAAUGAGAAGCGGUUCCACCGGCAGGCAGCGGAGGAGAUCCGGAUCCUGGAGCACCUGCGGAAGCAGGACAAGGACAACACCAUGAACGUCAUCCACAUGCUGGAGAACUUCACCUUCCGGAACCACAUCUGCAUGACGUUCGAGCUGCUGAGCAUGAACCUCUACGAGCUCAUCAAGAAGAAUAAGUUCCAGGGCUUCAGCCUGCCUUUGGUUCGCAAGUUUGCCCACUCCAUUCUGCAGUGCUUGGAUGCUUUGCACAAGAACAGAAUAAUUCACUGUGACCUUAAGCCCGAGAACAUUUUAUUAAAGCAGCAGGGUAGAAGUGGUAUUAAAGUGAUCGAUUUUGGCUCCAGUUGUUACGAGCAUCAGCGCGUCUACACGUACAUUCAGUCCCGUUUCUACCGGGCUCCGGAAGUGAUCCUGGGCGCCAGGUACGGCAUGCCCAUCGAUAUGUGGAGCCUGGGUUGCAUUUUAGCCGAGCUCCUGACUGGUUACCCGCUCUUGCCUGGGGAAGACGAAGGGGACCAGCUGGCUUGUAUGAUUGAACUAUUGGGCAUGCCCUCCCAGAAACUGCUGGAUGCAUCCAAACGAGCCAAAAAUUUUGUGAGCUCCAAGGGUUAUCCCCGUUACUGCACUGUCACGACACUCUCAGACGGCUCUGUGGUUCUCAACGGAGGCCGUUCCCGGAGGGGGAAACUGAGGGGCCCACCAGAGAGCCGGGAGUGGGGGAAUGCACUGAAAGGGUGUGACGAUCCCCUUUUCCUGGACUUCUUAAAACAGUGUUUAGAAUGGGAUCCUGCGGUUCGCAUGACCCCUGGCCAGGCUUUACGGCAUCCCUGGCUGCGGAGGCGGCUGCCAAAGCCUCCGACAGGGGAGAAGACGUCCGUGAAAAGGAUAACCGAGAGCACUGGUGCUAUCACAUCCAUUUCCAAGUUACCUCCACCUUCCAGCUCAGCUUCCAAACUGAGGACUAAUUUGGCACAGAUGACAGAUGCCAAUGGGAAUAUUCAGCAGAGGACAGUGUUGCCAAAACUUGUCAGCUGAGCUGAGUCCCCUGAUGCUGGUAAUCUGAAAGAUACGACGUUGCUGAGCCUUACUGGGUUGAAAAGGAGUAGCUCAGACCUGUUUUUAUUUGCUCAAUAACUCAACUCAUUUGUAUCUUUUCAGCACUUAUUUUAAUGUAAGAAAGUUGUUCAUUUUGUUUUUAUAAAAUACAUGGGGACAAUGCUUUAAGUUUUUAUACUUCCUGAAACUGUUUUUGUGUUCUAAAAGUAUGAUGAGCCUUACUGUAUCUAGUGUGGCAGAGUAAUAAACAUCAGUGGCAGGCCAUUGAUUACUUCAUGACUGCUGCGCAUUUACAGAUUGGUGUCAAAGACAUUCACUGUUUUUAUGGUUCAUAUUAUAUUCCCCCCCUCCCCCGAGGUGAUUGCUCCCGAAGGUCCCCUCCCCCCCCAGCCCCACCGAUGCUCCAGGUUCACACACAGGAGUAGCAUGUCCUGCCUCCGUUUCCCCUAAGUUACGUGGGUGGUAGUGAGGGCGGGAGGAGAACAGUCAGGACAACACUGACGCUCUAAAGAGAACUGCACGGUAGAGACUUUUUUUCCCUAAACCAGUGGUCAAACAGACACGACAUCCCCAAGUUCAAAUGCCCACUUAGCACUCUGACUUUCUAAAAGCUGGCCAAGCACACCUGGGUGGAUAAAUGGAAACGUGUGUGUUCCUUCACAUUCUCUAAUACGAUCAGCAAGCUGUUUUGUAAAGAAGCCUCAGAUCACGGACUUGGUUUUGCACCUAAAUAUAGAAAUGUAUUCCAUGAACUGUUUCUCCUCUUUGCUUUUCUCCUCUCUGUUCCUCUUUUACCACACAUCUGUUGCUUGCAUUUAGGUGUUUUUUUUUCCCCCUUCAAAUAUAUAUCCCAGACUGUUAAUACAGAAGAGAGACAUUUCAGCUGUGAUUUUUGACCAUUGUUUCAUAUCCCAGUUUAAAAAAGAACAGCAGCCUGGCUACUUAAGGUGGGGAUUUCCACAGUUCCAAAGGUCUAGCAAAUUAAAGUGAGUUCACACUUUGCAGGUGUCACUGUAAGGUUCUCUUAGCCUGGGAAAGCAUCAACUCUUUCUUUAAAAAGAAAGAAGGCUGAAAAUCCUCUUGUUGAACAGAAGUCAUUGUGACUGUUCAAGGAGACCCGUUUUAACAACCAAUGUAAAGGAGGAAAAGUUCAAUCUCAAGUUAAAUGGUUUGACUUUCUUGCAUCAUUAGAAAAAUCACAAAUUGCAUUCCUCUGUUUUACUUUCUUUUGGAUUGCACUGAUUGUUUUUUGUGGGAAUGACACUUUACCUGGGAAAGUAACUGAGAGUUAGGCAAAAGAAUAUUUUCGUCUCUGAAUAAUAAUUAUUUUCAAAGUGAAAAAUUCAGUAUUUUAUCACUAAUGUAUGAGCAGUGAUAUUUAUCAAUUUCAAGGCACGUGGAAGAAAUUUUUUUGGUAUGUGCAAUUUAAUAUAGAAAGAUUUUGCCUGUUUGGAUAAUAGGUUUUGGGUAGUAUAAAUUAGGAUAAAUACUCUUUUAUAUGCACAGAUACUAUUGUAUUGCCUGUAAAUUGAUUUACAAGUACUUAAAGCAUGGUCCCCAACGAGGCCAAGAAAGUUUCCGGUUAAGUUCUUUUAACAUUAGUCCUACAGUUUCUCUUACUUUAAAGAAGAAAAGAAAAAAAAAGUAGUUUUUGGAACAAAACACUUAUCUUGAGGCUUUGUCAGUUGGUGGAGAAAAAUGCUCAGGAACUAUUACAGAUAUUUGCCAAAAAACAGUAAUAAGAUUAGCUUAUUAGUAAGAUAGUGAUGUUGAUAUUUGCUUUACUAUUUAAGGGUGUCACUGAUAAAUUAAUUUGUACUUCUGUAUUUAGAAAUUAUAGCUUCUUUCCCCUAGUCAAAUUCUUUAGCAUAUCGUACACAUUUCUGUGUAAUCUGUGGAAGUGCAAUAAUAUGUUAGUAACUUGCUUUUUAAAACGAUGCUCAUGUGACGAUACCCCAAUCAGUGGCUUAUAGAAUUUAAAGAUUGUGUAUUUAUUAUUAAAAUUGUGACUUGAAGGCAUAAGAAGUAGAAGACUCAGUAUGGUGGCUUUGUAAAACCGUAAGCCUCUGAAUGAUGGUUAGCUUCUUUAGGUCAUUAAAAUAAACCCAUAAAGGCUGUUUUUCCCUUGCGAUGCUCCUCUUCCAUAUCCAUCCUCCUUUUCACAUUUAGGUUUAUAUGAACCUGAGCCUGCCAUUAAUAGAAACUUCCCUUUAAAAUACAUGUGAAAAUUUAUAAGUGGACUAAUACUGCUUGUCUUUCCCCCACCACAUAAAACUGGUUCUUAAGAUGCCAAUAGUGCAUUUGUGACUAUAUUCACAAAUGUAACCGGAAACUUUUAAGCCAAACUAUGAUGUGCAGCGCUAUGCACCCCCACCCCCGAAAUAAAGUGAAAUUUACUUCAUUCACAAGAGCCACCAUGUUCAGUGUUUAGUGAUAGGGCUGCUUUAAAAAAAAAAAAAAUCCAGCUUAAUUAUAAUGUCCAAAAAAAAAAAAGUUGCAUCUCUGUGAUCUUAAAUAAAUGAAGGGCUCUAAUAGGCUACUAGGAGUUGGCUUGGAAACAGUCCUUGGUCUCACAGGUUACCAUUGUCUAGGGAUGUCUGAGCUGUUUUCAGAUUUCAGAAUAGCACAGUGUCUUGUCUUUGGUUGCAGUCUCAUCUGGCUCCGUUUCUUGCACCUCCACAGCGCACAUGACCACUUGAGUGCGUUGCUCCAGCAGUGGAACAGCACCGUGCUGCAGGACAGUGCAGAUCGACAGGAGAGGAGAAAUUGUGCCCUCAGUGUUAAUUAACAAUGUGCCUUUUGUUCUGAAUGCCAUGUUGUAGGGCAUGCAUUUUUUGGCCUCUUUAACUCUUUGAAUACCAGGCAGUAAGGAUGGAACCCACCUCUGCAAAGAUACAUCUGUCUUAAAUAUCUAGUGACUUACAGGCCUUAAUAGAAACCACAAGGCGUAAAUCAUCAUCAGGCAUUGAAAAAGGUAACCACUGGUUAGUUACACCGGAAAUUCCUAUGUUUAAGGGGUUAAAGACGAUCUUUGUUGUAUCUUAUCAUCAGACUGAUUUUUUAAAUGAUAUUUUUUGUUAUGCUAACACUAGACAAAAAUCAACUGUAUUUGUAAAAAUUUACCUCAAACCAUUUAAUUUUAUAGUGUGAUUAAUCCCAGGGCAUUUGGUAUGAACCAAAGUGCAUUCCUUUUCUAUGUGCCUGGCUCUAGUACGGAUGGCCAGGGAUUUUUACAAUUUGGGUGCAAGGCACUUAAGCCACUUUUAAACUUAAUGGGUGGUUUGGAGUCGUGUUAAAGGACUCCAUCGGGAGGUUAGGCAACACUUCAGGCAUCAGUAGCAUUGGGCCAUAUUGGAAUCUUAAAAGUGUGAAUUAUUUUAAAAGAGAGCAUUCAUUUUUGUAAUUUUUUUCAUCAAGAGUAUUUCUGGUAAGCAGAAGACUUUUUAAAAAAAAAACUGAUUUGGUUGGUAAAGGUUUUAAUAUCGCCCAACAUAAUGCUGUGGUAGCAUUAAAAAAAAAAGUAUUUGUCAACUCUGUUUCUUAGGGGCUUGUACAUCUCUCUGCUAUGGACAUAGAUAAAAUUAAUUGUAAUUAUACUCAGCUCAACUGCUACAGUUAUGUCUAGGCAGUGGCUUGGGUUUUUAUCGAGCAACAACUUAGACACGUGACUGUAAUAUGCUGCAACUGUGUGUACUGAAAAUAUGUGAAAAUGGUUGAAUGUGGACUGUGUAUAUAUGUAUGUAAACAUUUCUGUGAGAUGCUGCUGUCGCCACUUAACAUGAAAUAUGUUCUGGUGGAUUUUAAUCCUAGUGGCCAGUUCUAUGAUACUGUAUGUAUUGUACAGCUGAAGAUAGGAGUAAGACUGUUCAGUGAAUAUUUGUUAACAUUUUAUUGUCGUGGCCAGAGAUAAUUUCAGAAUAAAAAUUUAAUGUCCUACCUUA